CGCCAGUGUUGGGUCUCAGCGAGUGCUGUGGGUGGAUUAGAUUGAGCCGUUGCACACUUGCAAAGUCAGUCGGUCAGAAACUGCUUCACCAGCUUUAGGCUACUGAGUCCUUGAGCUUGUUCUUUGAACAAAAUCAAGAAUGAACAGAAUGGAAGGGUCCAUUUGCAACAUCCAGGUGCUUCUUCGCGCUGCCGAGUUCCUGGAGAGGAGAGAGCGAGAGGCGGAACAUGGCUACGCUUCACUACUGCCUCCCAGUCCGACUCUGUCUUAUGACAUAAGCAAACAGAAGAGCAAGAAGAUCUCUGCUGGUGGAAAUAGGUCCGUGCACAAUGAGCUGGAGAAAAACAGACGAGCUCAGCUGAGGCAGUGCCUGGAGCAGCUCAAGAAGCAAGUUCCUCUGGCGUCAGACUCGAUGAGGAACACCACGCUCAACUUACUCAGGCGAGCCAAGCUGCACAUCAAGUCACAGAGAGCCACAGUAGAAGGAAGAAAGGGCCACAUGCGGAACUGGAGCCGUGGGUUGCAGACCCCUGCUCUAAAGAAAAAGCUGCAGGAGCAGGAUGCGCGCGCAGAGCAGCUGAAAGGUCGUCUGCGCUGGGAGCAGAGGGAGCUGCAGGUGCGUCUGGAGCAGCUGCAGCGAGGUGCCGAGCGGAUGAGGAACGACAGCCUGGGCUCCACCAUGUCGUCAGAGCGGUCGGACUCAGACAGGGAGGAUGUAGAGGUGGACGUGGAGAGCAUCGUGUUUGACUGCAUGGACUCUGAAGAGGUGCACAUUGCAUGCAGCGCUGCAGAUCACUGUUAUUCUACUUUGGACAAAGCCUGGCUAUGACCGCAGCUAUCAUCAUCAUCAAGGCAGGGGUAUGGAGGGGAGGAGGAGAGAACAUUCCAAAAACCAAGAGGGUGAGGACAAUGAUAUUGCACAAGUGAACGAACCCCAUUUUUUUUACAACGGCAGUUUUUCAACAUUGUUUGAAUGUUACAUCACAGGCGUAAUCAUGAUGUUGGUUAUGAAUGAGCUGUGUCGAUUUGCACUGAAGAGCAGUUCUUAUCACUGGGCUAGGAUGGCUAUAUCAAACAGAUCCAAAGCCAUGAAGAGUCAUUCAUUUUGUAAGGGAUUUGUUUUUUAAAAAAAACAAAAAAACAUCCCCCCCAAAAGUAAUGCAGACUUCUCUUGUCUUCAAUAUGCCUACACUGACUUUAGCCUUAAAACUAUAUUUGGUCUCGUUUUUUUUUUUUUUUUAUUGAGCUUCUCCUAAGCAUUACAGUAUGUCUCCGUAAGGGCAUACGUGGCCUGCACUUAAAACAUUAAUCACUGCUAUGGUUUAUAUAUGUCGUAAAAAAAAUUCUUUUGCUGCACACAAACAUCCUCACAUUGCACUUGUCUUAUUUCCUAAGAGUUGAGUAUAUUGAAAGUGAAAUAACAGGUAACAGGAAUGAUUUGGUCAUUAUUGCACAAUCAUGACUGUGCCUGAUAUUCAUUCAGUGUAUUUGCACACUCAAGUCUGUUAUGACGUGUGAGGGUUUUGAUGCCCGGUGGAUGGAAAGCAUCAAUUCUUGCACAGCCAUGGUUCUUCUUUAUCACUAUUAAUAACUUUGUCAUGAUUUUGCUGUAAUACAUGUAUUAUAUUGCUCUAUAUUUAAUAACCAAAGGCACAUUUUGCCCUCCUUUUGUAUAUGCAAAAUGCCUUACCUUGUAUGCAUUCACUCUCCGCCCAGUAAUAUUAUGUAGCAUUUUUUAUAAUUGUAACC